AUGAAGAAAGUCGUGAUUUUCGGUUCCACCGGUAAUACCGGUCUUAGCGCUGUAGAAGCAGCAGUUAAAAAAGGCCUAGAAGUGCGCGCUUUCGUCCGCGACCCGUCUAAAGUGCCAGAUGAAUUGAAAUCCAAGAUUGAAAUCUUCAAAGGCGACGUCCUCGAACCGGACUCCGUUGUCAACGCCGUCGAAGGCAUGGACGGUGUCGUCAUUGCCUUAGGCACGAGGGAAAACCUGGAGCCUACAUCGGAUAUGUCGGAAGGCACCAAGAACAUUCUAGAAUCAAUGCGGGCGAAACAUGUUAAAAACGUUUCCGCAUGUUUAUCGGCCUUCUUGUUCUAUGAACCGGAGAAAGUGCCGCCUCGAUUCAUUCCAAUAACUAAGGACCAUAAGAGGAUGUUUGAGGAAAUCAAAGGCAGCGGUCUCAAUUGGGUAGCGGUCUUUCCUCCCCAUAUAUCUGAUGAGCCAAGCCGCGAGGUCAUAGUGGAGGUGAACCCCGAGAAGUCUCCCGGCCGUAGCAUUUCCAAGUACGACCUAGGAAAGUUCCUGAUCGACUGUCUGGAUGAAGAAAAGUACCGGAAAUGCAUCAUUGGGCUGUGCAAUGCUCCUCAACAG